UUUCCAAAUCUUGACGGCCCGCUCAACUCCGACGGACCGGAGGACGGGCCGUAUCGUUAAAAAACAAGAAUCGACCGCAGCAGAAUAUAUAGGUUUCCCGGAUCCAUUCCGGAGCUCCCGAUUCCCCGAUCCGGCGGCUUCUUCCCUCAAUCCCUCCUCCGUCGUGGAAGCCUUUUCCGAAUUGCAGAAAACCACAAUCCUUUCGCACCGGCCUUAGCAUAUACUAACAUUUGAUAUAUAGAGGGAGAGAAAGCGAGAGAAGGAUGUCUCUGACGAGUGUGAAGAUGACGGAGGAAGUAUGGCUAACUUGCCUGACUCAUGCAUUGUCUACAGAGACGGAAGAAAUCAUGGGCCUACUUCUCGGAGACAUACAGCAAUCAAAAAAUGGUAGUGUAACAGCACUUGUUUGGGGAGCAUUGCCACAACCACGUUCUGAUCGCCGGAAGGACCGGGUAGAGACUAACCCCGAGCAGUUGACUGCUGCAUCUGUUCAAGCUGAAAUAUCCUUCCUAUUAGAAAAGGUAAAUGUAUGGCUCCACAUUAACUAUUUAUGUGAUGUCGUUCACAUGAUGAAUAUGCAUUUUGUGAUUUAAUAUUAUCAAUUGUUUUGCCCUUUCGUUUAAUUAACUCUAUAGCACAGAAUGACUGUGGCAACAGGCAGAACAACAAGAGUGAUUGGCUGGUACCACUCACAUCCUCAUAUUACAGUCCUUCCUUCACACGUUGAUGUCCGCACCCAAGCAAUGUAUCAACUUCUGGAUUCUGGAUUUAUUGGAUUGAUAUUUUCGUGUUUUAGUGAAGAUGCACACAAGGUUGGAAGAAUUCAGGUUAUUGCAUUUCAGUCCUUGGAUGGAAAACAAAGCCAUGCUUUGAAACCAGUUCCUCUUUCCCCUGUACAUAAAAAUUCCAUAAUAGAUAUUGAAUCAUCUCCAAGUUCCUCAGAGACAUCAGCAAGAGCUUCCACUAGAGGAGAUAGUCUUGAGCAAGACACUGGUGAUUCAAAAGCAAUUAUUUCAACUUCUAAGGCCUUGGUAAGAACCUCAGACUUGGGGGGUUUCUUUGCUAAUGUUGACGCCAAGACAGGAGAAAACUUGCAUACUAACCAAUCCAGUAGUGCAACUGUUGGGAUAGAUCACAUGGAUAUGUCAGAAAGUAUGCAAGAAGCAAUGCACUUGUCAAAUAUGGAGAUGAGUGGUGCAGAGUUUGUCAGGAAGGAAAUUCCUCUUCUUGUCAUGCCAUCCUCAUCGCUUCUAAAUCUUGAUGCACCUUUGAGUUCAUUUACCGAUCUGCAACGUGUACUAUAUGAAGAGGAACAGACUGCAUAUAAUCAAGCAGUUGCACAGAACAUGAGGAGUGGGAAAGUGCAUCCUCUAACUUUCAUUCAUCAUACUUCCACGUAUCAGGCUUCCAUGUGCAAAUUGAUGGAAUAUUGCUUAAGCCCUGCCAUCAGUGCUCUCCAGGACCGCUUGAGAGAGAAUGAAAUUCAGCUAAAGAUGCUAGCUAAUGAAGCCAAAGCGUUGGAGUCAGAGAGUAAGAGGUCAGAGCCUUCAGUUUCUCCUUGCAGGGGCAGUCCUUCGUCACGCCACAAGGACUUGUAUCCUCCUCCUGCUGAUCUAAACAACAACCCAAGCCGGGAGGGCAGAAAAGGGUCCUAAUCGUAAUUAUCAAAGAUUAGGAUCUUUUAAUGUGAACUGUAUCAUAAGUAAUGCGUAAUUGCUCUCUUUUUUUCCUCUAGAUCCAUUUCCUUUUAUUGAAAUGUAAUUUUUUUGGAUAUGAUGGGGGAAAACUGCAUUUUGUCAAUACCUAUAAUCUGGAGUGACCCACUGCUCUUUUCCACAGCUUAAUGUUUGGUGACAAAGGGGAAAUCUGAGGG